AUGGCCCUGCCCCUACCUGCAGACCCUAGACCCCCAUCAGAGACCCUCACCCAUCCCCCUGGAGUCCCUGGGGAACCGGACAUUGCUGAAGGCGCCAUCUGCUCUGCAACUGAAAAGGAGAAAAGCAGGCCAGAGCAGGCCCCGAAACUGGGGCAGAACUUGGACGCUCUUGAGCACUUGCAGGGUGGACUGAGAGGUGAUGAGCCUGCCGCCAGUGCCCCCAGAUUGCCAACUCCCUCUUCCCAUGAGGACCUAGCCAAAGGCAGACCCUGUGAGCACCUCACCUCUGGCUGCGAGGUAGUGGAGGCUGAGCAGGACCUCUGCCUGUGUGGGCUGGGCCUCCAGCUGCAGGAACUGGACCAAGGUCUGGGACCCUGGGCAUCAUCCCGGAGUGGGAUGGUUCAGCUACAGGCUCUACAGGCGGACUUACAUGGGGCAGCCGAGUAUGUGGAUGCCCUGCUGGCGUUCAGUGAGGUGCUGGCACAGCGACGUGAGCUUCAGGCCCCGACACCCCUGGAACAAGUCCUGAGGGUCCUCAGAGCCCACCGAGACAGCAUCUUCCAGUGGCUGUGGCAGUUGCAGGCCAAGCUGGUCAGCUGUAGUGUGGUCUUUGAGGAGGCUAACAGGCUGGACCAGGACUUGGAGACUGAAGAGGACUCAGAUGGCCCAGGACCUGGUGGGGUUUGGGGACCCUGGGCACCCAGUGGCCUCUCCAUCCCUGCAGAGCUUGAGUGGGACCCAGCAGGGGAUGUGGGGGGCCUUGGGCCCUUGGGCCGAAAGGAAGCUUGGACACCAGGGGCCCCUUGUGAGCUGUGUGGUCACAGGGGCCCUCGGGGCAGAGGACAAGACCUUGAGGGAUCCUGAACCUCCUUCUUCUCACAGGACAUGCUCAUGUUGGGCCUCAGCCACUGGAAACAUCUAUCAGAUCACCAAACACGCUCCUUGAUCCAGAAGCCUCAGGACAAGAAGAAGCAAGCGUCCUUCAGUCCCCAGGAUGUGAUGCUGGAGGUGGAUCCAGGAGCCCCUGCUCCUGUGUCCAGGUGGCCUCUGACCUUCCUCCUCUUCCUUCUUUUUUUCCUCCUGGUGGGUGUCACGCUGCUCUUGCCCGUCUCAGUGGGUCUCUGCUGCUCUCACAGCUGGCUGGCGAGGACGCCCUACCUGGUGCUUAGCUAUGUCAAUGGUCCCCCUCCAACCUGA